AUGAGCUGUCUUCUCGGAUGUGCUAGACUUCUCCUGGCAUUCUUGAAUCUCCUUCUCUUCGUUGCUUUCGCAGCCGUCGGGAUACUAGGCCUACUGAUAAAAUUCAACGACAAAUUCGUCCAAAAUCUGCUGGAUAAGGUCUCCUCCCAAUGGUCGGAGCAGCAGGUGCAAGACUUGGUCAAAUUCAUCCAUUACUACGGCUCUGGCCUUUCGAUUGCUUUCAUCGUGAUUGGUUUUGCUGUGGCCAUAAUCGCCCUCUUCGGUGUCUUUGCCCUCUUCUGCAAGAACCGAUUCUUUGGAUUCAUUUACAUAGCUCUACUUGCGAUUCUCACUAUAAUUGAACUGGCUCUCAUCAUCUACCUCUUCGCCAUUCCUGAUAACCUAAACAAAGCAGCAUUUAAACUGCUUAGGAGCUCCUUUGAACAUCUACGAACUAAUGACUCCCUAACUGAAGUCACCUUCACUCUUUGGACCAUAUUGGGCGUGGAUGACAACAAACUUUGCUGCGGUCUAGAGGGAUACAAAGACUUCGAAGGAAUGCUACCGGGUCUUCAAUAUCCACCACCAUGCUGCAAUAUGAAUAUCACCAUGGCGAAUGGCCAGCCACAAGCUCAAAAAUGUGAGAAAACGGAUGCAGCGAAUGCGACUGUAGUAGGAUGCGAAGGGAAGGUUGUGGAAUUCUUGGCAGAGAACAAAACCCUCUUCAUUGGAAUCAGCUGCGGUGUUUCAGUCUUCCAGGCAAUUCGUAGUCCUCCUUGUGAUGUGCGCGCUGUACAAGCAGUGGAAAGCGGAAUAAAGAUGUCAGUCCAGCGAAAUGAAGCUACUGCAAUGAUCACCUUCACUCUUUCCCUCAUCCCACUCCCUUUAACCGUGAUUUUAUAA